GGAAGUGCGGCUGCUCCUCUGUCUGACUGCGAGCGAUUGACAAGAAGUGGUCAGAAAAUGCUAGAAAUGCACGGCCGAAAAUACGACGGUAAAUAAACAUACCGUGUCCGAACGCCAAAGCACACAUCUGAUUUACACCAGGACAGGAAAAGGGAGCAGAUUGUGUAGGAAAGAGAGCAUUGAACAGAUCACUGUGACUUAAUAUCCACACCCGUAAUAAGAACCGGAGAUUAUCUUCAAGAAGCCUAACAGAAUCAAAAAUGAACAUUCACGAUUCCGAGGUGUACACGGUGGCGCCGGAGAUGCCGGCCAUGUUUGACGGCAUGAAGCUGGCGGCGGUGGCCACGGUGCUCUACGUCAUCGUCCGGUGUCUGAACUUAAAAAGUCCCACAGCCCCUCCGGAUCUGACCUUUCAGGACACGGCGCUCUGCCACUUCAUACUGAAUUCCUGUCCCAUCCUGACCAAAGAGUACAUUCCUCCUCUGCUGUGGGGUAAAAGCGGUCAUCUACAGACAGCCCUGUACGGAAAGUUGGGUCGGGUUAGCUCUCCGCACCCGUACGGCCUGCGUAAAUAUCUGCCUAUGCAGGACGGGGCCACAUCGACGUUCGACCUCUUUGAACCCCUGGUGCAUCAUCAGACCCGAGAGGACGUCACAAUGGUGAUUUGUCCUGGCAUCGGGAAUCACAGCGAGAAGCACUACAUCCGCACGUUCGUGGAUUAUUCACAUAAACAGGGUUACCGCUGUGCUGUGCUCAAUCACCUCGGGGCCUUGCCAAACAUUGAGCUCACGUCUCCUCGCAUGUUCACCUACGGCUGCACAUGGGAGUUUGCAGCGAUGGUGGGCUUCAUAAAGAAGGCGUAUCCCCAAACCAAACUUAUCGUGGUGGGCUUCAGCCUCGGGGGAAACAUCGUUUGCAAGUUUCUGGGAGAGAACCGCACCAAUCAGGAGCGAGUCCUGUGCUGCGUCAGCGUGUGUCAGGGAUACAGCGCACUGAGGGCCCAGGAGACGUUUCUGCAAUGGGACCAGUGUCGGCGUUUCUAUAACUUCCUGAUGGCCGACAACAUGAAGAAGAUCAUUCUCUCCCACAGGAGCGUCUUGUUCGGGGUGAGCUCCACUAAAAUGGUGGAUGCAGAUUUGAGUCGACUGUACACUGCCACGUCUCUCAUGCAGAUCGAUGACAACAUCAUGAGAAAAUUCCACGGACACAACUCACUGAAGGAGUAUUACGAGAAGGAAAGCUGUGUUCAUUACAUUCAUAAUAUCAAUGUGCCUCUGCUGCUGGUGAACUCCGCCGAUGAUCCGCUCGUGCACGGCUCUUUGCUCACCAUUCCUCGCACACUCGCAGAAAAGAAAGAAAACGUGAUCUUCGCCCUGACGCUUCACGGCGGACACCUGGGUUUCUUCGAGGGCGCCGUGCUGUUCCCUCAGCCCCUCACCUGGAUGGACAAGGUCAUCGUGGCUUACGCAAACGGCAUCUGCCAGUGGAAGAAACAGAAGCCGGCGUGCCAGAGUCAAGGCGCCCAUUCCAGCGAAACCAAAUGCCAAGACACUACAUCCUAAUCGCCCUCGUCUCCAUUUCACCGCACAGAGAACGUUCUCACCACGCACAUGAUCCCACGCCACCAACUUCAAAGUCAGUGGGCAAAACCCUUUUUUAUUGAGCAUCACCGUUUAUUGACCACCCGAAUCGCAAUUACUUGAACAUUUCUGAAGGAGAAAACGGAAAAAGGCGCUCGAUGACCAAAAACGAAAAAGCUGGGUAGAGAAGGCACCGUUUUAGAUUUACUCGAGUUUUACAUCGAUACAAUCUGCCCUCUAGUAGGAAACGUUGAAAACCGGUUCGUUUUUGACCGCCGUAGAGCUCAAGCACAGCCAGAGGAGUCUCAAUAAAACAUGCCCGAGUCACAUUUCACCCCAAACUUCAAAAAACAAAUAUAUUUGUAAAUGUUAGAAAUGAUUUAUUUGCGUAAACAAAAUACAGCCUGUUUUUAGGACGCAGUCUAUUUGCACCAUAAUACUUUAAAUCUUAUAAUAAUAAUAAUGUUGUUAUUAUUAUAUCUUAAUUCUUUUCAUCAUUUUUUUUCAUACUCUAGUUACCAUAAUUUCCCCAGGUGUUUACAGUAUUUUCAUUAGUUUUUGUGGUUAUUCUCGAUAGAUUACCAUUGCAGUAAAACAGUAUUGAUUUAUUCUUAUUUUAAUUACCGUAAAUGAAAUGCUGCAAAGUACAAUACAAAUGACUUUGCUACUAAAGUAUUUUUCUCCCAUAUUACACUUUUUGAUAUACAUACUGUUUUUGCAUUACGGUAAUUCGAUGAGUUCUAAUGUGAUAUAGACUUUAUUUAGUUUAUGCAAAGUACUAUUUUCUAUUUCUUUUGAGUCUGGGGUGAUUUACGACCGUGCACGCGUUUUUGAGAUUCACCUCCACGUUAAUAAAGCCACACUGCUUACUUCACCGUACACAAAAUAGCUGUCUUUAUAGAAAGUGGCCGUUACGCAGGCACUGUGUGCUUAUGGAUACGACAGGCCCGUCACGCGGCUGCACAUUAUUGUGUGACAUUAGAACUAACACGGACACUUCAGAAACUUUACUGAUCGUGGAUCUGUGUACCAGGCCUUGCGAGUUCAAUCCAAAAACGUUCCUCGUCAUUUUUGUUCGAGCACUUUUAUAUAACAUUUGCCACACGAUUUGUUUCGAGUACGAGCUGAGGGAGAGAGAAGACAUCCAUUCAGUGACUCAAUGAUCCCUUCUGAUCACCUGAUCACGUGUUCGUUUCUCACCAGGCGGUUUUAGUUGUGAGAUCUCAUUCCGUGAAAAUCCAACACCUGUGGAAGUAGAACAGUUAAAAGAGAAGCAGCAGAAGUCGCUGCUGCAGUAUUUGUUGAAACUGUAGAAUUGUAGAUCGUGUCAAGUGUUGAUUUGGGACCCAGUGGGAGACGACUGUGCAUUGUGCAUUUGAAUGUCUGUGAAAGCUGGACACUUACAGGUAUUUAUGGUUUUCAUUUUCUUCACGUUGCUUUUGAAUUCCGUGCAGUUAUUUGUAAUUUUGCUGUUUGCGUGUUUCUCGGGCGACAUGAACGGAAACAACACUGUCUGGAACAGACUUGUAAGAGGCGGUGUCAAAUGCGACAAAAAACAACAAUUGAAAUUUGAAGGGAAUGUUUAAAGAGAUGUUUCCAAAGGGCCUGUGGAGAUUAUCAACACCUUUGCCGAAGCAGUUUAGAACAGACGUUUGUUAAAGGGACACAAGGGUAAAUCUCGUAAAAUUAUGUCUGGGUCACUUUCUCACCCCGGAAUCAAACUCGGAAAACAUCGAACUCAAAUAUUCACAAUUCAAAGUCUUAAUGUAAUAUUUUUUUUCUCUAUUCUCCUUAAUUCUGUUUGAAUUCUAAAUGCUCCCUUUUUUUACAACGCACUUUAUCGGCAAAGUGAUACAUCAAUUGUAUUAUCGCGGAGUAAAGACGCCCCCUAGAGGAAAUUGUCUGUAAAAGCACAAAGUCAUUUGACACUGACACAACAUUUUUAGGAAAUACAAAUGAACAUGCAGAAAUUCAGUAUUACUUAUUACAGAAAUAUACUGUAGCAUCAAUCCUUGUUACUUUCAUCUUGUCAUGGCCUCGACUUUGACUUAUUUUAAAAGUAUGUUAUUAAUCCAAAAACAGCUGUUUGGUUGUCAUUUGCUGGACUUUUUCCCAUUGGUCUGAUCCGUUUGGCUUUUUACACCAGCACAGCUUCAAUCUCUGCUGUAUGUCGAUCCAGUUUGCCUUUCAGAAUGUCUCCCACUUACUUUUUUUGCACAGAUACUAAUGGCUUAUGAUGUACAUCCUUAAGAAGUUAACACAUGUUUUUGUUCGUUCUUGUUUUUGUAUGUUGCAUUUAUUUCUCUGUGGUUAUUUUUAUUUUGUUGUGUACAGAUGUAUGUAUGUAAAUGUGUGUCGGUCGAAUUUUUGCUUCAUAUCACCACUUAUGAACGAACGAAACUAAGAGCACAUGCAAGUUAAAUAUGUUCAUUUGAUGUUUAGAAAUGAUUUGCUUCCCGUUUAUGGAAACCAGGGAACGUUCAUUUGUUUGGUGAUCAGCAAUAAUGUUUUUUUCUCUUUUUCUCCAAGCCAAGAUGAGUUGAUAAGCUCAAAAACAUUGUGUCAAAUGGAGUGUAGAGAAAAUAUAUUCACGCUGCGGUCACAAAAGAGAUUUGAGAAAAAAUGCCCCGAGCAAUAGCAUCAACGUUAAUAUUCGUUUUUUUCUGGCUGUGUUAAAGAUGUAAAUUGCGUUUUCGCAGGAUAUAAAGUGGAAUAUUCACAACCUCAAUGACACUGCCCACUUAAUCUCAGUUGUAAGGGAUUAUUUCACAAAGAUCACUAAAUCCGUUCCUGCAAUUCUGACCCACUUUCUCAUCAGUUUAUUGUGUUUGAUGGGUGGUUUUUGGAUGUCGUCUUCCCCGCAAAGCAAAUAACAUUCAACAUGAGAUCGGAAUCACUGGUGUGUUUUUAUUUUGGAAACGCAACGGUGUGUGAUUGAAUAAUUUAUAAUUGAGAAUGGUUAUUGUGUCCAAAAAAGAAAUAAAA